GCAAAGCUUUGGAGACGAUCACAUUUCAUCACUGCAAUGUCAAGUUUCGUUCAGAGUCGGCCCAAAAGCGGUCCCGCCAUGGGGGUUCUCCAAUCCACCAACACCUUGGAUGAAGUCAGGACCGUGGCCGCAGUGGCUGGCGAUGGCGUAGAUACAAUGAGCAGAGCCGAAGAUCGUGUAGGACAUUUGUCCGUGGUGGGUAGAUAUCAUCGGCUGCCUGCCCGACUUGAAGAUGACUACAACGUUGAGAAGAAGGCAUGUGCGCUCGGCACCGGGUACAACGGCUCCGUGCUCCUGGCGCGUGGGAAGACACGCAUCGGGAAAUUUGCCGUCAAGGCUUUCAAGCUUCACGGAGUCAGCAAGGAAAAGAAACAGGAACUGGCUUCUGAAGCCGAGAUCUUCCUUAGCAUGGACCAUCCGCAUGUGGUGCGACUCUUUGAUGUUUAUGAGGAAGAGGACCGGCUGAGCCUAGUGAUGGAGUGCAUGGAAGGUGGUGAGCUCUUUGACCGGGUGCGCGAAAAGAAAGUCUACUCGGAGAAGGAUGCUUGCAAGACCACCAGAAUGAUGCUGCUCGCUGUCAACUAUUUGCACAGCUGCGGAGUCGUUCACCGUGACUUGAAGCUAGAAAACUUCCUGUAUGAGAACAAAAACUCCGACUUCUUGAAACUCAUCGACUUUGGCUUCAGCAAAGUUUGGGCCAAAAACACCAAGAUGGAGCUCAGUUGUGGGACUUUAUCCUACGCAGCUCCAGAAGUCUUGGCAAAGUCCUAUACAAGUCAAUGUGAUCUAUGGAGCCUGGGAGUCAUUGUUUUCAUCCUUCUUGUUGGAUACAUGCCUUUUGCCGGCUCAGACGAGCGAAAGCAGAUCCACAUGAUACGAUCAGGAACCUACCUAGUGAAGAAGGAGCGAUGGGCGAAAGUGUCUUCCUUAGCCUCGGAUUUCGUGAAGAAGCUGCUGGUGGUGGAUCCUGAUGUUCGGAUGACGGCACCCCAAGCCUUGGAGCAUCCCUGGAUCAAAAACCACGAAGACGCCUGCAGCGAUUGCAUCGAUGAAGCCAUGGUGGCUUCUCUUUGUGAUUUUGCCAAGAGCCAAAGUUUCCGAAGGUCUUGCAUGAAACUGAUGGCUUGGUCUCUCACUGCACCUGAGAGGGCGCAAGUCCGAGAUGCCUUUAUGGCAUUGGACACAGGCAGCACAGGCACCAUCAGAAUAUCAGAUCUCAAGCAGAUCUUGGAGGAGAACUUCCACCUUCCGGAAGAAGAGCAGCAGCACGUGUUUAAUGCCUUCAGCGAUUCAGAUGAUGACAUCCAAUAUUCUGAGUUCUUGGCUGCAAUGAUGGCCUCGCGUAUCGCCCUCCAUGAUGAGCUUUUGAAAGAUGCGUUCAGGCGCUUUGACACCGAGAACAGUGGUUACAUCCGAAGGGAAGACCUGUUCAAGGUACUGGAAAGUGAAACCGAAGCGCUACAGGUCAUGAAGGAGUUGGAUGUGAACCAAGAUGGCAAGAUCUCUUACGAGGAAUUCAUAGGUUAUUUGAAGAACGGCAGCGCAGCAGAUAAUGAUCUGGAAGCAGCCGAGCGCGCAAUCUCUCGGGAGAUCAUUUGCAGAAACAGGUGGGAUGGUUCAGAGCCAAGACUUCGAAAGCGCGACAAGCUGAAGGGUAUGUUCCAGCUGGGGAUCUUACGACUUGGACAAGUCGUCAGCAGCUGGGGCUCUCCGAUUUCCGGUCGAUCGGACA